AUGGGGAAUCAAGGUGGGCACGAUCUGGUCGGGUACGAUUACCAGCAUCGACAGCUGUAUACGCUCCAGCAUCCUUCAACAACAUCAGAAGCAAAACAGUCGGAAGUAUCUAGUCUACACUCGAGCAAGCGACGAGAAGACGAAAGCGGAGGGAUUGAACGUGUCCUGCAACUUCUCGCUGUCUUCUCGCACUCCCUCACGAUCUACCCUCUGAUCCCGAUAUUCCUCCUAAUUGUCUACGCCAUCUACAACCCAUUGCGAGUGAUACUCCCCGUCCUCCUCUCUCUCAUCCUCCCUCGCUCCUUCACCCAACGCAGCGAGUUCCUCCGCUCUCUCCCAAUAUGGCGCCUCUUCGCCUCCUACUUCCCCAUCCACCUCUACAGAUCCACACCCCUACCACCAACAAGGAAAUACAUCUUCGGCUACCAUCCCCACGGUAUUCUCUCCCACGGGGCCUUCGGCUCCUUCGCAACCGAAGCACUCGGCUUCUCCGAGCUCUUCCCCGGAAUCGAAAACUCCCUACUGACACUCGACUCUAACUUCCGCAUCCCUAUCUACCGCGACUACCUCCUCCUCCUCGGCAUGGGCAGCGUAUCUCGCGCAUCCUGCGAGAAGAUCCUCAAUACCGGCGGUAUAGACGGGAAGGGCACAGGGAACGGCAUAACGAUUGUAAUCGGCGGCGCGAAGGAAUCCCUCGAAGCGGUCCCGAACAGCAUGCGCCUGGUUCUUAAAGACCGGAAAGGGUUUGUCAAACUGGCUAUCCGGAAUGGAGCAUCGCUGGUGCCGGUGCUCUCAUUCGGGGAGAAUGAUCUGUACACGAUGCUCUCAGAUCUAGAUACGAAGUCGUUCAGUGGGCGUGUGCAGCAAGUGUUUAAAAAGACAUUAGGCUUUACAGUUCCGUUCUUCUACUCAAAGGGUCCGUAUAUGUUUGAUUUUGGGAUUACGCCGCAUCGCAGGCCCGUGAAUAUUGCUGUUGGCAGGCCGAUUCAUACGCGCAAGAUGGUCGAUCCGGUUGAUGGGGCGUAUUUGGAUGAGGUUCAUGGGCUUUAUGUGAAGGAGCUGGAGAGGAUUUGGGAUGAGUGGAAGGAUGUUUUUGCUCAGGGAAGGGCGGAGGAGAUUACAUUUAUUUGA